GCAUCCUUGUCGAAAGCUCGCGCUCUCUCAGUUCAACUUUCAACUCCCAACUUUGCGCGACCCGCAACAACUGCCGCCAAGAUGUCGUCGUCACAAUCUAGAAACGGCGGCGAGCGCAUGAUUCACCAGGACUACAUCGCCAGGAUACGCUAUUCCAAUGCGCUGCCCCCGCCGCCAAACCCGCCGAAGCUGCUCGAAAUCCCCAACACAGGCCUCGCGAACGGCCAAUACACCACCCCCGGCUUUGCGUCGCGCCUUGCGCGCGAGCAGCCAUUGAACAUUGAAGCCGAUGCCGAGCUUGGAAUGCCAUUAGACCUGGUCGGCAUGCCCGGCGUCUUCGAUGGCGACGAGAGCUCCAUUCAAGCGCCCGCCCAGCCACCGCCUGUUCACCCCCGCGAUCGCCUCCUCCUCCGCCCCCUCUCAACCCUCGGCAAGCCCAAGAUCGGCGACACGGCCGUGUCCUUCCUCCGACGAACAGAGUACAUCUCAUCAGGGCAGGCCCGGCCAAAACCCACCGACCACUUGUUCCUCAAGCCGUCGUCGGGCAACGCCGUAAAACGGCCCGAAAAGCGCAAGGUCUCCCCCGAGCCUGACAGGGGCACACCCGCCUGGAUCAAGCGACGCAUCGAAAAGAGCUUCGAAGCGGCCGCCGCCCAGCUCGCCGACCGGACGCGCGUCAAGCACCCAUCCAAGCGCAACGUCAAGGUCGUCGACGCCUUUCCCGUGCUGCCCGACCUGGAAGCCUUCCCGGACUCGGGCGCCUACGUGACAGUCAAGUUCAGCACGAACCCGGUCAGCUCGAGCGACUCGUACGACACACGCCUGCUCUCGGGCAUCUUCAAGCCCAUCGAGCGCACCGCCGCCGAGGAGCAGCUGUACGAGGCGGCCCGCGCGGCCUGGGAGCGCGACCCGACCCAGCCCAAGCCGUCGCAGAUGAUGAACUACGACCUCUUCCUGCCCGCCGACACCCGGACCGGCGAGAACUUCCGCGCCAAGUUCGACGUGGACAACGACGAGCGCGACAGCCACUCGCUCUACACCAGCAGCGACGCCGGCGGCAGCUUCCGCUUCCCGCGCGUGCGCGCGUACGAGACGGCCCAGGAGAAGGAGAUGGACCACGACAACAAGUACGACGAGGAGGUCAUCCUGGCCUUCCGCGACGACGAGGCCGCCACCAAGGGCCGCACCGACGACAGCGCCCAGAAGGCCGUCUACUACUACCCCGUCAUGCAGCGCACCACCAUCCGCAGCCAGCGGACCAAGAACAUCGCGCGCACCAACGGCAUCACCGACGAGGAGGAGUCCCACCUGGACGAGCUGCACGUGCGCAUCGACGACCCGAGCGAGGAGCUCCGCGCCGAGCUGCUGCGCUACAAGCAGCAGCCGGUCGGGGACCUGCCGGAGGACGACGACGAGGAGGAGGAGGAGGAGGAUGGUGCGGAAGAAGAAGAGCGGUAUCGGGAGGAUGGGCCGCGGCAGUCCGAGUCUGCCAGCCCGGCGCCGAACGGGGCGCGGGCGAGCCAAGAGGAACGGCAGUCCGAUGCCGAGCGGGACGCCGAGGGCGACGAGGAUGAGUAGCGGGGCAUUUGAAUUUGGAAAAAAAAGAAGCAGUUAACAAGGAUUUGCUUGCUAUAUGGGUCAGGGCACUCAUUGUCGAGCGCGGAGUUUGUGGCAGGGCAUCUCGAUCAAAAUCGGAUAACUGGGAAUAAUACACCGUGAAGAUAUGACUGAUUGACAUCAAGCGACGCCUGCAGCAGAGUGCGUACAUCCAAACCCGCCGUCAAGAACGACAGCUGGAUAUCCGUCAUUUUAUUGCCCUUAGUCUAUUCAUGUACAGGUAUCUGUACAGCAUGCAACAAGUGAGAUCACACCCAUUGAUCGAUCCAUAUAUACGCCUUCAUCCAAGCCAUAA